CGUUGAAAAGACAAUACCUGCUGGCGAGUGCCGACUAUAUAACAACAAGACGACGAGCUGUGUUGGUGUUGGGUAACAUUGGCCCAGUGGGUUACGUGAGCGUGCUGGAUUGUUGUGAGAGGGGCGGCACCAAACACAUUGUUACAAGUGGACUGCAUAUGGAAUGAUGGCUUUGAACACACGUGCCCUUCACCUCACCUCAAGGCUCUGGGGUGCAAGCCACUCUGCAAACACCACCACCAAUCACCCAAUAUUCAGAGGGACUUGCCUGCCCCUCCCAACACAUCAAUCAUUGGCUCCAGCAUGUGUGUGGACAGCUACUACACCUGCAACAAGCACACACCACCACCGCCAUCUCCGUGUUGCUGAAACCCUCCCAAGAAGGCCCCUCACCACUUCCAUGCUGCUGUCACAAGAAGAGCCGGGUAGAAUCAAGAAAUUUAUCAAGAAAAUUGGUUGGCUGGAUCACUCUAAGGGUAAACUGAAAAGAUCAGGAUUUCAGCUGUAUGAAAGUGCUUGUGGAAACAUUAUGAUGACGGAUUUUUCCAAGUGUUUGACCUGCCUGACACCUUCUACUCAUGGUUCCUGGUGGUGGAGCUACACGUGUGGAUGCUGAUGGUGCGCCUGAUGGCUGAGGGAGAGGAAGGAAGGUACACACGUAAUGCCAUGCUGGAGGCAAUGUGGCUAGACUGUGAGACUAGAUCCAAAAAACUAGGGGCAACCUCUGUGAGCAUUCGCCAGCAACAAAUACAGACACUCGGGUCUUCAUUCCAAGCAACAAUAUUUGCUUAUGAUGAAGGCCUCAUGACCAACGACUGUGUGCUUGCUUCAGCUUUGUGGCGUCGCCUAUUUUCCAAGGAGUGCAGUGAUCCUGAGAGAUUAGAAUGUUGCAUCAAUUUUAUCAGGAGACAGAUGGCUGUGCUGGAUGGAAUGACCCGAGAUGACCUGCUACUGGAGACCAAAGUAAAUUGGGUGCCACUCUUGGAGGAUGCAUCAGGAAAUGUGACUUUCAAGAAUUUAAGAACUUUUUUAUAGUGGUAAUUCACUUAAUCGUUUAUUUAUAUGGUUGUCUAUUUAUUGAUUUCAUACUAGAUGUGUUGUUGUUGUCAUGCUCAGCUUAUACGAGUCGACUGAAAAACAGAGAUCUCCCCAGUUAUUAUUUAAUGGGCAAGAUUAAUCCAUAUAUGCAACACUGGAUCAAUGAGUCUGGGGGUGUGUUGAGUUACAAGAUUAUAGUUAUGACUUCCCUCUCAAACAUACUCUUUGUUUGGUGAGCAAAGUCCACUGUGUGAAUCAAGAGAAGCUCUUCAGCCUGUUAAAGAAUACCAUGAUUCAUGUGCUACCAAAAUACACCAUCAGACAGUAUGUAUUAUUGUAUACUCUGUGUAUAUGUUUUAAAUUUUUCUAUUGACAAGAAAGAUCAGAUGUGUAUAGAUACUCUUGAGUAUAUACCAAUAUCCGAUUGUCAGCAUUGAAGUUUUGGGUGUCAGGAAUAUAUCAUACCAUGUCUCAUCUAUUCUUUUGAGUGUUUCUUUGAAAUUCCUCAAGCAGAUGACCAUAGCAUGCUAUUAUAUGUGUAUGUAUAUGAAAGACAUUGAGAGAGAGUAUGGGUGGUUGGGAACUAAUCUUUGAAGCUAGUGACAACAAAAUAGGCAAUGAAAAAGCAGUCCUUCCAAGAAACAUCAGUGACAAAAAUGAAAGUUCUAUUUGUCUUGGAAUUGUACAAAUUUUUGUAAUAAAACUGUACAUAUAUUGUCA